ACAAGAGCCUGCUUUAAAAAACUCGGCUUGGUAGCGAAAAGCAACAUGAAAAACACAACUAAAAUGAUUUGCUGCAUGGAAUACAACCCAUGUAACAAACCGGAAGUUUGAUGUAACAGAUGCGACGCAUGAACGGAAGCCGAGAGGUGACGCUCAGAAGAAACAGUGUAGAGUGAAGAUUUUAUUUAGAAUAACGCUCGUGAAAACGGUGGUUUGCUCAGUCGAUGGUUGAACAUAGCAAGGCAGCGUCCUCUUAAGGGCGAAAACAACGACAAAAUAACUAGCGUUAAGUUUACAUUCACAUACCAGUAACUUAAUGGCCAUUGCUUGAAUGUCAACAUAGUGAACGUUAGCAUGCUCCACGAAUUAUUCUGUACCGCGUUUCGUCAAAGUUGACGUUUUCGUUAAUGUUAAUGACCGGCUGUUUACAUUUACAAGUGAAGUUUCACGUAUUUUCAUGAGCGAAGUGAUCAGCAAUUAAAGACAUGGAUGCAGUUCAGAGUGGAACUGGCGUCUUCUACCAGGCAAUACCUGCUAUUGGAGCUGAUGGAAAGAAAAUCAUGAAGCUGAUUCCUGUACAGAUGGUCAAUGGGCAAUUUUUCCGAUCCCCAAUAAGCAAACCCAAAACCAACACCACACCACAGAAGGCUGUAACCAUAAGUAUUCCCUCAUCUCCUGUUCAGGUGGUAAAAAAGGCAGCAAUGAAUCCUUCUGCCAGUCAGCAAGUUGUCAGAAAGCAGUUUUCCCUCGUGAAUGCUUUGCCUAAUCAAGUAGGUUUGGAUCCUAGUAAUUCAAUUAACAAGCAUUCACCGCAGCAACAGAAAUUAAUGGCCAAAGUAGUUCAAAUGGCAUCACCUGCAGCUGCAAACUGUGAGACGUCAGGAAGACUUCCAGGUCAGCUCUCGGAGAUGAUGCAAUCUCCAGCACUCCCCAGAGGCCAGUGCCUUCAGAUUCCCCCUCAUGCACAAAUGAGAAAAACCCCAACAUCUGAACUCCCUCCAGGCAUCAAGAAACAGAUUUUUAUUUGUCCAGGUUCAGGCGUUCCCAGCGUGAAUCAAGGCAAUAGUGCACGUCACUCGCUCGAUCUGCUUUCCAAGACAUCAAAUAGAACCUCAUGCAGACCCCCCUCGAAAGGAUCAAAAAAACAUUUAAAAUUGAUUCCAGCGGUUCCACAAAGGCCCAACAGCCCCAUAAAGUGGAUGGUUGAGGAAGAGGAAAGCUCAACGGCUCCAACUCUUAAUCCUCUUCAUUCUCCCUCUGUUACUUCAGAGAUUCUUUCAGCUGUGGCAGAGAGAGAAAAAGCUAGUAAGCAGUGCCGUGAUGUCAGCACGAAACCAGUUCCUCAGUUGAAUCCAGGAAGAUGCGCAGUACAGGAAAAGGUUACAUUCACGUGCAACGGGAAGGUGUUUUUUGUAGUCAGAAGGGACAGCCAGCCGCCUCGAGUGGGAAAAAGUGACUUAAAAACUGCAGGAACAAAAAGUUAUGAAUUAAACAAAACGGAGGUACCAUUAUCCCGACCAUCACUAGAGUCAGCUGCAACUGAAACAAGACAGCGCCUCAGAAUUAUCAUCCCAGAUCAGUCAGAUGAGGUGAUUGACCUUUGUGAUGAAGAUGAAAAGGAUGACUCCUCCCAGCAAGCAGAAGUCACUCAUUGGGAUGAAGACAAUGUAAUAUUUGUGUCAUAUAUUCCACCCAAAUCUGAGUCCGGGUCAGCACAGGAUCUGAUACUAAAGGAAACAGACCAGAUGGGCACACACAGACCAAGCAGUGUGACACAGCAAAAACGGCUGGAUGGUCCGACGGGCACUGAUGGCAGAGAUGAAAUCUGUGCUCUUGGAGGAAGGACACCUGAAAACGUCAGAAAUGUCAAUAAUUGUACACAUGUUUGUGGUUCAGCAGUGGUCAGCAUGCACGCUGAUGAAGGCUCAAACAUCAACCGUCAGCAGAGUGUCGCCACCCACCAGUUGGAGAGCAUGGAUGUAGAAACAGAGAGUCCAGCAGACCCCAGCCCCUCUGAUGGCAGCAGCAGAGUAUUCUCUCUAACAGGGAAGGAUACUCACAAAAUGGAGAGCUCAACAAGUCUGACAUCUUCACUGGCACCAAAAUCCAGUCAGUUGGCCGACCAUGCCUUGAGACAGAUGUUUAGGAUAACAGCUGAUGUAAAAAUCUGCCUGCAGAGGAUUGAUGAGGCCUCAGAUGGAUUCAUCUGGGCAGCGGAGGAUCAUCAUGACCCGAUGGGAGCGUUGAAAGAGAAAGAACUUUCUUUCCAGAACCUUAACAGUCCUCAAAACACUGACAGUCUCAUCAGUGUCAAACGAGUAAAACUCUUCAACACAAAACCUCUCUCUGCUUUCAAGUACCAUUCAGGUCAAAGUUCACUCAGGGGAACAUCAUGUGAUGUUGAAGCUGAGCCAGUGACUGAUUAUGUGGAACCCAUAGAUGAUGACAUCCUCAGCACAGAGGAACAAAACAUUCCAAAUUCACAGGACUGUGUGGAUCUGAAUACAAACACGAGGAGGGUGGGAAGAACAAGAAAGCGCACAUUUUGUCCAUGUUGCAUCCCUGGUACUCAAGUUCCUGCAGUGAGGUCCAGUCCAAAGUCAGUAGAGACGGAGCACUGGUCAUGUCAGACAGAGCAGAUGAGUAAAAAAGGUGUAAGAACAAAGGCUGUGAGAAAAGCUUUUAAAACAUCUGGAGGAAUCAGCUUUUUAACAGCCAAGAACAGAAAGAACAGUAAGACGUACGAGGAUCCAGCCAGUGACAGUUUAUCCACAAUGUCCUUGGACUGUGAUGAACUAAACCAAGAGGAACAGAUCAGAAAACUCAAAGAGCUCCUGAGAGAAAAAGAAGCAGCAUUAGAACUGAUGAGAAACAGCAUGAGUUGAGAUUACAAAUAUUUAAAACUUAAAGAUUCUGACAAAUUUAGAGAGAAAGUAGCUUUAGUUUAUAAACUGUUGUGCUAUUUAUUUUCAUUGGAAUUAACAAGGACAAGUGUGAUUGCUUCAGUAUGGUGUUGCUGAAAAGUUGGCAUGAAGUAACAUUGAUAUUAAUAACAGUGAAUUUAUUGUAUUCUCUUACAUCAGGUUUUGUUUAUCAGCACAGUUUAGACUGCCAGCCUGUGAGGCUCUCCAAAUAAGAGGGAGGCAUAUUUUUCAGUUUACACUAGAGGUGCUACAUAUCACACAAACCACAUGAAUCUACAGGGCCAACAUCUUGUAUUUUAAAGGUCUCACUGAUUGACAAUAUGUUACAAGUAGUAUGUUGAACCUGCCAGGAGCUCCAGAAUCUCAAGAGAUUAGCAGCUAACGCAGCACUGAAAGCUUUUCUCGUUUGACUUCAUACACUGAGAAUGACCUUAUAGUGAAGUGUAUCCAAGAUUUGAAAUACUUAAUUUUCAUUGUACUACUGAAUUCAAUUUAUAUUUUGAAUUCCAUUCAGUUGAGAAGGAGCAGAUGCAAUUAAAAAGAUUUUAACAAGAAACAGAACUUCAGUGACAGGACAGGUCAGGUACAGAUGAUUAGGUACAGCUAUCUGUAUACAUGUCGGGCAGGUCUGGAGAGGGAUGUUUAAUGUUCACUUCCUGACUUUUUUAAAGAUCAUGUCAUGCACUUUUAAGUUCUGAAUAAAUUUAAGUGGAUGUUGAGUUGAGAUUGAUGUGUCACACAUAUUGAUCCCGAAUUCAAGAAUGAACUUUCCUUCCCUUCAUUAACUGUCGGUCUUGUUCAGUGGUCCUCCUGCUGGGGUUUUAAAGAGAAGACAGGAGAUAAUGACUGAUCAGAUUGUCUGAAAAUGGGGUUAGCAAGAGAAAAAAACAGUUCUUUAUUAUGAUGUGACACGUUGAGUGGAGAUUAAUAUUGUGGAAAUAUUGUAAAGAUAUUUAAUCUGAGGACUCACUCUGGACUUAUUAUAAUUAUUCACUCAGAGGCAUUUCUAUUUUAUCUGUGUGAAAAUGUUAUUCCUAAGGAGUUAAUGAAUGUCGUUUGUUAAAACUAAUUCAGUAGGUAUAUUUUAUUUGAGCGCUUGCAGUGCAAAUAAAUUCCCUGGUUGAAAUGAAUAAUGUGAA